AUGAAAAACUAGCCUGCAGUUUUAAGUAGCUAAGGGGAGGAGCAAAAGCAAAUAAGUUCUACGAAAUUAGAAGAUGAGCUUGAUCCAUAGGCCUAGAUUGAGCUUGAUAAGGAAAAGAAAGAAGCAAGAGAAUGGAUUAAAAAAAAUAUAGAUACUGAUUUGAGAUAGAAAUAUAUGCAAAAAUUGGGAAUCACUAAGAAAUCAUUCAGUUUUUUGAGUCCUCCAAUUGAAGAUAAACCUGAAGAAUAGGAAAUUUAAAAAUAGUUAGAUGAAAAGUUGAAAGUUGACAAAUUAUUUGAGUAGGGUGAAUAUCAAAUUACAUUUUUUUCACGCUCAGAUGAUGACGUACGUAAAAGCUACAUCAAAAAGUUACAAUCCUAAAAUAUCUUGAAAAACAACUAAGCCUAAAAGCACUAAUCAUUGGUCAUUUUUGAUUGGGAUGAUACUAUUCUAUGCACAAAUUAUUUAAGUCAAUAUAAUUUCGUUGAUUUGCCAACAGAAGUGCUCAGAUAGCUUAGCAAUUUAGAUAACUCAGCAAGUAAACUCCUUAGAAAAGCGCUUAACUAUGGUAACACCUACAUAGUUACAAAUGCAGCCAAAGGUUGGGUUGAAUAUAGUAGCAAACUCUUUUUGCCAAGAGUUAAUGCAGUCAUUCAAGAAAAUGUCAUUACAGUAAUAUCAGCAAGAAGUGAAUACGAAGAUAUUUUCCCAGGCGAUUGCUAUAAAUGGAAGAUAGAAGCAUUCAAAGACUUGAAGAAAAACUAUGAUGAAGAUCUUAUUACAAAUUUAAUUUGUCUCGGAGAUAGCAAUAUUGAAAUAGAAGCAGCACAUAUAUUAGCACAAGGUUUUAACCAGUCACUAAUUAAAACAAUAAAGUUCAGAGAAAACCCAAAACCAGAUGAACUCACUAAACAAUAAGAUUUAGUUGCAGAUAAAUUUGAAUAAAUCUACGUAGGAGUUAGAAACCUGACAAUUCGUUUGGAGAGAAGAAACAACUAAUCUCCAAAUAUUUACUGA